UCUUCUAAAAUAUCCAGUUAUGUUCUCAUGGUUCAUUGAACAGUCCUAUAAAGUUGUACAGUGAAAGUUGUCGAGCCAACUCAGACAUUUCCUGCUGCUUCAACUGGCUCUGUGGAAUCUUUGGCAUCCAAGAAAAUAAUCUUUAUCUACAUAUACAAUAUAAGCCUGGACAAUAUUCAAUGGACCCCAUUAAAAAGCAUCAAAAUGAAAUUCUAGCACUUGUCCUAGUACUGAACUUCAGAUUCCUGCACUGUCAAGACAUUGAUGUACUCCAUGAACCACUGAAUCUGAAACUUUACAAUGUGUCAUCACAACAACGUUUAAUUGUGAAGUGGAAUGUCAACAAUACUCUGCAUGCGUCGGAUUCAGACAUUGUGUUUCACAUCCAAGUGAGCCGAGCUAACGAAACAAAUAUUAUAUGCAACCACAAUUAUAGUACACAUAUUUCUACCACCAAACAAACCUUCCAAUGGACCUGGGAUUCUGAGUUGCCUUUGGAAUGCGAAUCUCAUUCUGUCCGCAUAAGAUGGGCCUUAGUUAGACAAGAGGGAUGGAGUGCGUGGAGUGCGUGGCAGACACACCAUGGAGAGAAUAAUUACAGAUCCAAGCCCAUCAUUUACCCACAUGAGAAAAUUGUUCAUGAAGGAUCCAGUGUGAGCUUUUGUUGCAUCCCAGUCAAAAAUCAGUAUGUCAGAAAAAUUCAGUUUAAAUCUACCUCUUACAAUAUGGCAAAUGGCAGCCCCGGGACAGCUGUGAUCACGGUGAAAAAUGUGUCAAUAUCUGCAUCUGACGGAACCAAUUUUAUCUGCUUUUGUAACGGGUCUUACAACGGAACCGUUCUCUUUGUUAGUAAACCACCAGAUCAGCCAAGCAAUAUUUCCUGUGAGACACAAGAUUUGAAAACAUUAAAGUGCACCUGGUACCCGGGAGCACUAUACAACUUUGAUAAUAAGAACGGUGAUGGGAAAAUGUCUCCAAAAUAUACCCUGCAUGAAUGGAUUUCCCAGAAAACAAGUGUUUGCUCCGCUAGAGACAGCUGCAGUUGGACCAUUGAGAAGAACAGGGCAAUAUAUAAUUUUACCUUGACUGCUGAAAAUCAGUUAGGAAAAAGAAGUGUCAAUACUCUUGUAAAUGUGACAGAGAGCGUUCGUCCUUUCACUCCAGAACGACUAUCGGUAAUUAAUAUAACUGCCAGAAGUGCCACACUACGAUGGUCUUUAAAGGUCAGCUAUAAAGAUCAUCCAGUACUGUGUCAAAUUGGACUCCAGAAGAGCACUGGAGAUGAAGAACUGAUAAAUAAGACCAUACAUGGAACUUCAACAUCUGAAUGCAUUUCCAGGCUUGGCAAGGGAACACUACACCCAUAUACCACUUACACAGUGAAAGUACGCUGUGCAGUUAUUUCUUCUUUACCAAAAUGGAGCAAAUGGUGCAAGAGUAUUACAAUCAGGACACUCGAAGAUGUUCCUACUGCACCACUUGAUAUUUGGAGAGAAGUGAAUGAAUCUUAUGGUGACAGAAUGGUGACUCUUCACUGGAAGCCUUUAACAGCAUUCCAUGCCAAUGGAUAUAUUCAACAUUAUAAUGUUACCUGGCAGUCACUGGGAGAACUCUCCAAACCACAAUUCAUGAAUGUUUUUUCUCCAGAAAACAGCACACACAUUUCUAUUGACAGCAAGCCUUCUGUGAUCAGAGUUACUGCAUUAAACGCUGCUGGCAGUUCUCCAGAGUCAGAAAUACGAAUUCCUGCCCUCAGUAAAGAUGGCUUUGAUCAAGUACAAGAGGAAAUGACACACAAUGAAGAUGAUGGUAUAUUCAUAUCAUGGACAUCCAAUCCUAACCUUUAUCACGGAUAUGUUGUGGAAUGGUGUAAUUACCCUAGGGAAGAUUACUGUGAUCUUCAAUGGAAAAAGUUCAACUCCAGCAUCCAUCAACACAUUAUAAAAUCCAAUGCCUUUAGACCAGGUGUGAGAUAUCACUUUCAAAUAUAUGGAUCUGCUCUCGAUGGCGAACAUUUAUUAGAAAGAAAAGCCGGAUAUAUAGAAGAACUAGCACCUUCAAAUUAUCCACGUCCAAAAAUUGGCAUGGUUGAGCCAGAUAUAAUGCACCUGGAAUGGAAGGAUUAUGCAAUCAAUGACUUACAGGAAGGCUUUAUACGUGGCUACAACAUACACAUAAAACCUCCAGAAGGAAUUUGUGAACUAAAGAAAUCGGAAGCAGAUAUUGUUUCAGGUGACUCCCAACAAUGCACUUUUUUUAUUCAAGACCCUUUAAAGAAGACUUUUACUAUAAAGCAGCUUAAACCCAACACAAAAUAUGAAGUGGCAGUAGCAGCGGUCACUAAAGGUGGUGAAAGUUCCUUUGCAUUUGGUGAAGUCCUUACUCCUUCAGAUACAAAUGGGGCAAUCCUUGCAAUGGUCGUGCCUGUGGUCAUCUUUUUAAUCACAGCACUAAUGCUACUAGUGGUGGGCUGCUGGAAGAGGAAAACGUUAAAGAACUUCUUUUACCCCGAUAUACCAAGUCCCAACAAGAGCAAUAUACUUUCAUUUGAUACCAGCAAGGAUAACUCAAGAAGUAACAUGAUAAUGUUGCCCACCAGUGGUCCAACUCAAAAUAUUUAUAUUGUUAAUGUCCAGGAACCAAAAAUGCAUAAGGAAAUACAGGACGAAAAAUACAACGGAUUGGAUAUUCGAGAUUAUGAUCCAUACAGCAACGAUAAGAUCUGGAGUAGAUGUAUCAAUGAUACACAAAGUGAAUUACUUACUGACAUGCCUCACACCAAUCCUUUACAACAACAUUCGUACAGCGCGUUAAAUAAUUCCCAAGCAAUUGAUAACAUGGAGUUUUUCAACAGAAAUUAUUGCCCUACUUCGGAUGAUGUGGAUGAAACUGUUUCAAAUGUAGGAUAUAAGCCUCAAACAGAAAUUGCACAACUUGGAUUACAGUUGAAGGCUCAUCCUCGUCCCACCAUUGAUGUGCAAACUGCGGAUAUGAAUACAGAGACAUAUUUAGGAUGGAGGAAUGCAAGUUCAGAAAACCUUUAUAGUUUGGACAUUGGGGAGAUGAGCCCUUUAUCCACAGAUUCUUCUGCAUUCAUACUCAAAGACUAAGACAAUGAUACUACCAAAUACACAUCUGUUACAAAGCAUAUCUUCAUCACAGGAAGACUACUUUCGGUCGUUUCCAAAUCUAGUUAUCAUUCCUUCGAUUCAAGUUCAGGAGUGAUAAAAUAACAGAAAUGGGUCAGUGCACAUAAUAUGGCACGUAGAAUGGAAUCACUAGAACAUUGUCUACUCUAUGAUAGUACUGCUUCCUUUCCACAUUUUGGAGGACAAUGAAUAAAAUAUUCAAACAGGUUGCAUUAUCAUAGUAGGGAGCUGAGAAAAUUCACAUUUACGCCUUCAAUUUUACCUAGAAAAAAGUAAAUUGCCAGCACUCGC